UCAUGCUAGAAAGUUAAAUAACGAUCGUACACGUGUGACUAAAAAGGUUAGAAACUUGAAUUUUAUUGCUAUCACUAUAUCAAUUAUUUUUUAUAUAAAAUCGUCGAACGAAUGAUUUUAAACCAAAUAUUACCUCGGAACUCUUUGUGGAAGGCUUAUAUAUAUCGGAGCUUUACCAUUUCUAAGAAUUUAAAAGGAUAUACAUUAAUGUCUGGAAAUGAAGAAAGCUUCCUCCCUGCGGAGCCUGAAUCUGAUAAUUCUAUUGUAAAAAAAACCUUAGCAACUGACAUAUCGUUGAAAAUAAUUGGAAGUGGCGCACGUGGGGCACCAGCAAGCGUUUGUCUCUACACUAACGAAACAAGGUACAUUUUCAAUUGUGGAGAAAGCACACAAAGGAUAAAUAAUGAACAUAGAAAUAAAUUAUGUAAAUUAUCAAAGAUAGAUAAUGUUUUUAUUACAACACCUACUUGGAAGAAUAUCGGAGGUCUUCCUGGAUUUCUCUUAUGUUUACAAUCGUAUGGUAUCACUAACGUAAACGUGCAUGGGCCUGUUGGGACUAUAGAUGUUGUUGAUGCCACGAGAAGAUUUGUAUAUCUCAAAAAAUUAAGUGUGACAGAGGGGAAUGUUAAUAAACCGUUUGUUGAUACAGUGCUAACUGUUACUUAUGUUCCUCUGGAACCUCCUCAGACAAGCGAGACGACUGAUAAUUUUACGAAUAAUACUAAGACCAUAGAAGAUAAUACAGAUUACUAUGAGCAUGAGACUGACAGACACGAAAAAAGAAAACCUAUUAUAUAUGGCAACAAUGUCAAACGAGUAAAAAGAGAUUCGCAUCCCAUCAUAGGACAAAUCAAAGGCUCCAUGUGUUAUAUUGGCAAAAUCCACCCGCGAACGGGAAGAUUGAAUUUAGAGAAAUGUGUAGAGAAAGGCGUCAAACCUGGCCCCAUGUUGGGCCAAUUAAAAUGUGGAAAGGAUAUAACACUUGCAGAUGGCAGUGUAGUAAAGAGCGUGGAUGUGGUGGAUCGACCGGAUCCUGGACCUGUAUUUAUAGUGGUUGAUUGUCCGAGAGAAGAUUUAUUACAGUGUUUAAUAAAUAAUCAGAUUUUUGAUAAGCAUCAAUCCUCUUCUGCCACUUCAAAGGACAUGAUCGCUCUUUGCGUGAUUCACUUUACACCAGAGAAGAUAUUAAAAGAUGAACGAUAUUUAAAAUGGAUGGAAAAGUUUGGUUGGGCUACGCAACACAUAAUAGUUAACGAAACUAACACAUGUUUAGGCACCGAAGCAGUUCAUAAAGUGCAGCAUCAAUUACACUUGAUUCACGAUACGAUAUUUCCUUUUCUGGAUCAAUCACAUGUUAAGGUUGAUAACAAUUCCCAGCCCAGACUGUAUGGUGAUGCGAAAGAUGCUGAACCAGAUUCGUCAAGUGAAUAUGAUGUGGGACAGAUUGAUGAAUCUCCAUUGUUACACCGCGCGAAAACUCUGCACUCUUUUUCUUUGUACCCAAAGAAAGAGCUGAUGACGAAUUCGGAAGUUAAACUUUCUCCUCGUCAAUACAUAAAUGAAAUAUUCGAAAUGGAAGGUUUUUUAGAUGCCUUAGCAGAAGUCCAGACGAAUGUCAAUGAUAUGACAAAAAAAUUAGGUAAAAUACCAGAAUAUCCGAAACUUGUGAUGUUGGGUACAAGCUCGACUGCGAAUACCAAAAUGAGGAACACUAGUGGUAUACUUUUGAGAAUCGAUGAAGAAAGAAGUAUACUUAUGGAUUGCGGAGAAGGAACUGUGAAUCAAAUUUUUAGAAUGUACGGAAAUAAAACAGAUAGCAUUCUUGCCACUGUUAAGGCUAUUUACAUUUCACACCUUCACGCAGACCAUCAAUUAGGGUUGAUUGGAGUUUUGCAAGAAAGAUCACGUAUAACGAGGGAUCCUGUUUACCUUAUCGCUCCAGAUAAAAUUCACGUGUGGCUGCAAUUUUAUGAGACCAGAUAUGAACCUGUUGAUAAACUGUAUAAAUUGACUCCUAACAGUAAAUUAUCAUUUAAUCAACACGAAUUAAAUGCAGAUACUGAGAAAAAAUUAUUUGAAAGUCUUAAUGUCAAGGAUAUUAGUACAGUUCCUGUCAACCAUUGUGCGUUUUCAUACGGAGUAGCUCUGACUCUUACAAAUGGCCAGAAAAUAGUUUACAGUGGUGAUACAAUGCCUUGUGAAAAUCUCGUUAAGCUGGGACGUAAUUGCGAUUUACUAAUUCAUGAAGCAACAAUUGGAGAUGGUAAUCCAGAAAGUGCAAGUCUAAAACUUCAUUCGACAGUAUCUCAAGCGAUAGAAAUGGGUGAAAAAAUGAAUUCAAAGUUUACUUUAUUGACGCAUUUCAGUCAACGUUUUGCAAAAACGUUUUAUUUACCUGAAAUUGAAGAUCGUCCAGAUUGCAGUAAAAUAGGAAUGGCUUUCGACAACAUGCAUGUUAGAUUGGGUGAACUUCCUAUUCUUCCAUUGUUCUAUCCUUGCCUUAAGAUAAUGUGUUUUUCGAAUGUAAAUGUACUACAAAAUGAUGAAGGAAUAAGGACAAUCGGAAGGCCAAAAACGCGCAGACAAAAAGAAAUUGACAAACUAGAUGCAAUAACGACUAACUAAUUUAUUAAUAAUUUUAGGUUGAUUGAUUUUUCAUCGGACGUUAUUAGUGUGAAAUGAGCAUGAAAAGUGUAGGUUCCAGAAACCUAUGUGUAAAGUGUAUAUAAUAUUUAUAGCAAAACAUUUAUGAAUCAUUUGAUAAUUAAAGCUCAAAAUAUACUUUA